AUGGAUCGGCAAAAUUCCGAUGACAUCAUGAGAUUUCUCGAUGGAAUGGCUAGUUCCGACGACGUCCUCUUUGGUUUCCUCGAUGAAGGGAACCAGUCACCGGAAGACUUCAACCUCAACGGCGGCUCAGAUAUAGACGACCUCGACGACAAUAGCAAUUGCAAUUCUGAAGAAAACAAAGUUUUCUGGCAAGAACAAGAACAACUUCUCCAGGGGACACUGUAUAGGACAAGUUCGAUUGAGACAAAGAUUAGACAAGCGACAAAGGAAGCUUUGAAACAAGUUAAAUCAAAGGGUCUUCAUUGUGUAUGCCCGCGACAGGUUGAUGGCGGUUGCCGGAGCUGCUUACGUGGGGAAAUCUCUCGAUACCUCCGAGAUGUGGCCGGCUACGACUGCGUCAUCUCCAAGUCCAAAUGGAGAAGCUCUCAAGACAUCCCUGCAGGGGAACACGAAUACAUAGAGAUCGUGGACCGAUCUGAUUCAAAGAAAGGAGAGAUGCGAGUGGUGAUCGAGUUAUCAUUCAGGGCAGAGUUCGAGAUUGCAAAAGGUGGUGAAGAGUACAAAAGGCUUAUCAGCCGAUUACCUGAGGUUUACGUCGGAAAAACCGAUAGGCUCCGAUCUUUGAUCAAGAUAUUGUGCAUCGCGGGGAAGAAAUGCUUGAGAGACAAUAAAAUGCAUAUGGGUCCAUGGAGAAAACACAAGUACAUGCAAGCCAAGUGGCUUGGCACGUGCGAUAGAUCGAACUCCUUGGAAGCGGCGGUCUCGGAGACAACAGAGCCUGAGAAUUGGGUGCCGAGGGCGAAGCCUAGAAUUUCUAUGUUGAACUACGAUGGUCUGCUUGGUAGUUUGUCCACCGGGAUGGGCCGUCAUGCAGCUGUAACGGUCGUGUGAUAUGUGUGUGACGCAAGUAAUAAAUGACUUGUAAUUAUUGAUUUAAUUGAUUAGGGCCAGGGGAAGUGAGUGUUAAAUUAAUAGUGAGUAUCAGUUUAGAGUUAACCGGAAUGUGUCUCAGCGGCGUAGCCUUUUGACCGAUUAUGUCAUCGUUGUAGUAUGAAAAAAUGAUAAUUUUGUGACUACUUUGCGGUUGAAAUCAGAUUGUAUACUAUAGGUUUUUGCAUGGAAUUUCAUUCAUUCAUUGCUAAGUUAAGGAGAUUUAAAUUUCGUAUUAUAUGCAACCAAUGGAUCAGUUAUAUUUGUCAAUCGAUUAAAUGCAA